GAGCUCAGCAGCUCGUCAGCCUCUUCCAUCUUUCACCAUUUCUUUACCGCUCACUCGUUCAUUCUCCCUCCGUCUCUCUUCGAGUGCACACUGUUAGCUACAAAAAUGGCAGAAGCUUUCGUCGGCACGUGGAACCUUAAGGAGAGCAAGAAUUUCGAUGAAUACAUGAAGGCUCUUGGUGUUGGUUUUGCGACACGCCAGGUUGGCAACAUGACCAAACCCUCCACCAUAAUUUCUGUUGAUGGUGAUGUGGUCACGCUAAAGACAGUCAGCACCUUCAAGACAACAGAAAUCAAGUUCAAGUUGGGGGAGGAGUUUGACGAGACCACAGCAGAUGACCGUAAAGUCAAGUCAUUGUUGACCGUUGACGGGAACAAGCUGAUCCACAUUCAGAAGUGGGAAGACAAAGAGACGUCGCUGGUCCGGGAAAUUGAUGGGAACAAUCUCACACUGACACUAACUCUUGGCGACGUGGUCUGCACACGAUCCUACGUGAAAGCAGAGUGAAGUUCCUCUCAACUGUCUUUGUACCUACUGAAAGAAAUGUUGCUAUGUCAAGUGUUUCCAACCGUUUCUCAAAAGUCCAAGUCUCAAAAAAAGGAAUAAAACCUCAGCUAACAUCUUCAAAA